AUGGACAAAGGGAAGGAAACCAAGAAAACGACGACGAACGACCACCAGCAGGAGCUGAAGUUCCGCGGCGUCCGGCGGCGGCCGUGGGGGAAGUACGCGGCGGAGAUACGGGACCCGGCGAGGCAAGGUGCGAGGCUGUGGCUGGGGACGUACGACACGGCGGUGGAGGCGGCUCGUGCCUACGACCGGGCAGCGUUCCACAUGAGGGGACACCUCGCCAUCCUCAACUUCCCCAACGAAUAUUACUGGCAGGCCAUGGGGACCACCACGUACUCUCACCAACCGCCUUCUUCCACGUGGGAUGGAGCUGGCUCGUCAGCGUCCACUGCGGUGGCGAGGGGCAACGGCGCCGGCGGAGGGGCGGCGACGAGGGGCGAAGGCGGCGGAGGGGAAGAGAAUAAGGAGGUGUUUGAGUUCGAGUACUUGGAUGACAGUGUGUUGGAGGAGCUGCUAGAGAGUUCGUUCGAAGAUGAGGAAACACGACGAUAUCAACACUACUAA